AUGUCACUGGUUUGCUCCUUCCCUGUCUCCUUCAGGCAGCCCUGGGCCCUGGUGGGGAUCCUAGGAGGGGAUCAGCUCUCCACAGCAGAAGAUAAGCGGGAGUAUCACGGGAAUGGAACAACGGGGUUAGCCAUAGCCAAAAGAGAUUUCCUCACCUACGACGGCACCCGUUUCACUGUUACUGCUUUCAGUGGGUGGAUAAAAGGGGUGCCUCAUAAUGGAUUUAAAGUGGAAGUGACCAAAGGUAUAAUUAUUCAUCUGGUGGACGAGGUUACAAGUUGGCUACCUGGUGACCGUAUAGUCAUUGCCAGUACAGACUAUUCUAUGCAUCAGGCUGAAGAGUUUAAUCUCCUUCCUUGUCCUGAAUGUAAAAGUAAUCAAGUGAAAAUUGAUGGUAACCCACUUUAUCUUCACAUGGGAGAAGUCAUAGAUGGUGUCGACAUGCGGGCAGAGGUUGGUCUUCUCACUAGAAACAUACUUAUUCAAGGAGAAAUGGAAGACGCCUGUUAUGGGCAAAACCAAUGCCAGUUCUUCUCUUUUGAUACAUUUGGAGGACACAUAAAAAUCCUAAGGAAUUUUAGCUCUGUUCACAUGUCAGGAGUGGAAUUAAAAAACAUGGGGCAGCAAAUCCUAGGCAGUUACCCUGUGCAUUUUCACUUGGCUGAGGAUGUGGAUGAGAGAGGAGGAUAUGGACGCCCAACGUACCUCGAUAACCUGGCUAUCCACCACUGCUUCUCUAGGUGUGUUGCCAUACAUGGAACUCAUGGCCUUCUGGUAAAAGACACCAUUGGCUAUGACACCCUGGGGCACUGUUUCUUCCUGGAAGAUGGGACGGAGCAGAGGAACACCUUUUAUCACAACCUGGGCCUCCUCACGAGGCCGGGGACGAUCCUGCCUUCGGAUCGCAGUGAGCUCAUGUGCCUCGUCAUCCGCAGCCACGUCCAUGGGAAUUACACUCCUGUGCCAAGCACUGACUGCAUGGCUGUCAGCACGUUCUGGAUUGCAAAUCCAAACAACAAUUUAAUAGAGAAUGCAGCAGCUGGUGCUCAGGAUGUCGGGAUAUGGUACAUCUUCCACCGGGUUCCCACUGGACAGUCUGAGGGGCGAUAUCCAGAGGGACAGGCUGAACAUACCCCCUUGGGAGUAUUUUACAACAACAGAGUCCACUCCAAUUUCAAGGCUGGUUUGUUUAUUGGAAAAGGAGUAAAGACGACAAGAGCCAACGCUGAAGAUCCCAGAGAGUAUCUCACUGUCGAUAAUGCCAGGUUUCGCCCACAUCAAGAUGCUGAUCCUGAGAAACCACGAGUUCCUGCUGUGAUUGAUCACCUUAUUGCUUUCAAAAAUAAUGACCAUGGUGCCUGGGCCAGGGGUGGUGACAUUAUUUUCCGCAACUCAGGGUUUUCAGACAAUGGAAUUGGACUCACUCUGGCAAGUGAUGGGACUUUCCCGACAGAUGAAGGCUCCAGCCUGGAGGUUACACGCUCAAUUUUUGUUGGAGAAAGCAGCAACUUUGGCUCCCAGGGAGGCCAAAACAGCUACUGGGGAAAAGGGGCAAAUGGAGAAUACAGAACACUGCCCAGAAACAAGACAUUCCCUAUUCGUGGAUUCCAGAUUUAUGAUGGGCCUGUCAGGAUGGCAAGAUGCACUUUCAAGAAGUUCACCCCAACUGUUGACAGACACUCAAGUGCCAUUGGAUUCUUCAUGAAAAACUCCUGGCAGAUCAGCCCCCAGAACAAUGUGUCGCAGAUCCUGAUGGAGAAAAGUGUGGGACUGAAGGUGUUUUUUGGCAGACCAGGCCAGUGGUUUGGAAACAAUGACAAUGACGGUGACAAAAUGUCAAUCUUCCAUGACCUGGAUGGCUCAGUGACUGGGUACCCAGACACCUUUGUGGGCAGAGCAGACAACUACCUGCUGCGUCAUCCCGGGUGUCUCACUGUCCCUCGCUGGAAUGGGGUGAUGUGCACAGGGAAAUUCGCACAGCUUUAUAUCCAGGCCAGACGCCCCGAGAACCUGACCUUGUCCAUUGCCAGAGCAGCCUACCCUUCCCAUCCUGUGAGGCUGCAGGGCGUGAACAGAGGAGCACCGUACCAGCAGUACCAGCCUGUCGUCAUGCUCGAGCAGGAUUAUGUCAUCCAGUGGGAUGGCAGAGCACCUGAGGAUGUUAUCCUGUACCCCAUCAACUUCAACAGAGGAGACUGGCUGCGUGUUGCCCUCUGCUAUCCCAGGGAAGCCGUUUUCCAGGUGGUGGGAGACAUCUACCAGCGACAGGCAGGGACGGUGCACAGUGUCCAGCACUACCUUGCUGCUCCUUCCAUCGCUCUCAACAGAACUCGUGAGCGGCUCUUCUACUUUGACAGAGGAUCAGGGUACCUGUUUGUUCGCCUGCAAGCCCAUGAAGCUCGGGAAGGACACAGUUACUGCUCUCAGCGAGGCUGCGAACGUAUCAAAAUCACGGCGCACAUGAGCCCGGGGGCCUCCUGGAGCUGUGACCCCAACCCCUUCCCUGAGAGGCCAGUGGCUGCCCAGCACCCCGUGUCCCAGCGCCCAGCUGGGCUGUGCAGGGCAUGUGGAGCCCCACAGGUUGCCAUCACCAGCACACCCUCAGUCGAGUAUAUAAGGAUCCAGAUCCAAUCUCUCAGCAGGGUGGACACACAGAACCACUUGACAUCUGCGUUCAUUAAGGUAAAUGGCACAGUGUUCCUCUUCAAUAGCAGUGGGAUAUUCUUCCUGGUGCUGGAUGCAUGUUCAGGAGCAGUUGUGAGUAGGUGGCAUUUUGACACAGUUGCCAGUGAAAAUGCUGCCCAUGCAAUAGCUGAUUAUGUUCAAACAUCCAUAAAAGAGAGAUCACUUGUUCUUGUGUGCUCUAGAAGUUUCACAGACGUGGUGGGCAGCUCUGAAAUGUCUGUUUUUACCAGGUUAGGUUCAUCAAAGCCUAUUGUCUUCCAUAAGGGAGGGAGUUUUGCCAUGCUUGGUUAUAAAGGACAAGCCAAACCCUCCUGGAUUAAAGUCCUUAAUCAUGCUGGUUAUCAGAAAGCUGCUUCUCUACAGCAUUACGUUCCUUUGAAGCUGAAAGAAUAUCAAUGUCCAGCUAAUGCUGAUAAGUCACUAAGGUUUGCUUUUUCUCAGAUUCCCUCAGAGCACAUCCCUGCAAAGGCUGUGGCACCCCGGGGUUAGCACUGCUGGGGAGCACCAGCCAGGCAGAGCCCACCACCCUCACCAAAACCUGCUCCUGUCCUUACAAAGUUGUACCAAACCAAUGGUGUUCACCUGUAUAUUUUAUAACUAAUAAAUAUAUUCUCAUCCUCUGUGGUAGAGCUUUAUUUUAAAACCAGUGCAUCUCAGGGCAGAACAGGAGCAACCUGUGGGGGAAGAAGUGUUUCUGUAUAUGUGAUUUGGUAUCAAAAGGUGAGUUUUAAAGGCAAGAGCCCGCUUUCUGGUAACACUGGGACUGGAAAUGGAAUUUGGUGUGGAAAUUUUAGCAAUAUCCAGGGAAACAGAUGAACUUCAGCAGAGGUAGGGAAUUUCUCCCUUCAGUCCUGUUUUCACUCCAUUAAUGUCUGCUUUUAAAAAAACCAAAGUGUCCAUCUACCAAGGCACCUUAUGUGAACUCAACAUCUACUUGGUCAGUGUACAGUGAUCUUACAACAGUGUCUUCUAACUGAACUGAAUGCAUAGGGUGCAACAAGGAGUUAUAAACGUGU